CGUUCACGUUAUUAACUCCUUCUUUUGUGUUUUACCAUUUCGAAAUGGCUCCAUCAGCAAAAUCGGCAGGCAAAGCGAUGAAAAAGUCCGGCAAGGCGCAGAAGAACAUCACCAAGUCCGACAAAAAACGCAAACCCAAGAGGAAAGAGUCGUACGGUAUUUACAUCUAUAAAGUUUUGAAGCAAGUACAUCCGGAUACUGGUGUAUCGUCAAAAGCCAUGAGCAUCAUGAACAGUUUCGUCAAUGAUAUUUUCGAACGUAUCGCAUCCGAAUCCAGUCGUUUGGCGCAUUACAAUAAACGUUCUACGAUCACUAGUCGGGAAAUUCAAACCGCCGUUCGUUUGUUGUUACCCGGCGAAUUGGCAAAGCACGCCGUUAGUGAAGGCACUAAAGCAGUAACCAAGUAUACGAGUUCUAAAUAACCGACGUACGUACGACAUUUGAUCACUUCCCCCCCUACCUGCUCGUGAUAAAACGGCCCUUUUCAGGGCCACCAAAUGUAUUAUUAUUAUAUAUUACUUUUUAUCAAUCACUGUUAUCCUUCAGAUUUGUUUUUACCACAUUUUAUCUUUUCUACUAUGUUGUUUAUACU